AUGUCGGAAGAGGCUGAAGUUGCGCUUUUCGAUCCUACGCAAAAGAAGAAGAAGAGGACGAGGAAGGUCGUCGCGGACGCCGCCACCGAGGAGGUAAAGGCUACCGAUGCCGCCCCCGAUCAGGCCACAUCCGACGAGGUCGCCCCUUCCACAUCCACCAAUGGCGAGGAUGCCUCUGCGGCUGCCAAGGCCGACAUCGAGGACUACUCGUACGAGACUCUGCUCCAUCGCGUGUUCGAGCUCGUUGGCGAUAAGCCCGAUCAGAAGCGAUCCAAGCGCGUGCCGCUGCCCGAGGCCUACCUCGUGGGUACCAGCAAGACCCUGUGGUCCAACUUCCCGGCGAUCGUGAAGGCCCUCAAUCGCAACCCCCAGCAUCUCCUGACCUACGUCAUCGUCGAGUUGGGAACGACGGCCAAUUUGGACGGCAGCGGCCGCGUCGUUAUCAAGGGUCGCUUCAUGCCCAAGCAGCUCGAGUCGCUGCUCAAGAAGUACAUCGACGAGUACGUCGUGUGCAAGACCUGCAAGGGACGAGACACCGUGCUCAAGAGGGAGAACCGUCUCCACUUCCUUGUCUGCCAGUCUACCGUCUGCGGAUCGUCUCGCUCCGUGCCGCCCCUCAACAAGGGUUACGUCCACAACAUCCGCCGUAAGAAGGGCAACUAA